GGCAUUAUCACUGGCAGUUAAUCUGUCAGAAUCAGUGUGUAUGGUAUAGUUGCAAACCAAAAUUACGAAUCUGCAGUUCAUCUCAGUUCCUUGAAUCCUCGGCCAUCUGUCUUCGCCGGCCAGAAAACCUAAUUUAUCUACACAAUGCAGAGCUCAUAGACCUCGCUGGAACCCUAGGUCAUUUCUUUUUCCACCAAGAAAUGCAGAGCUCUUCGAGUUCGGCGGCCCAACCGGAGGCCAUUCUUGAGUGGCUCCACAAGGAAAUGGGGUACCGACCCUUGGGUCCGUACAGCGCCUCGAGUGGCAAGUCACAGUUGCCCUCGAUCGAAUCUCUCCGCAAGAUUUCCCGUGGGAACAUGAUCCCUGUCUGGAAUUUCUUGAUAACCCGCGUGAAGUCGGAUAAGACGGUAGAGAACAUCCGGAGGAACAUUACGGUUCACGGUGGCGGCAAUAGCAGUGCUAGCGACAGUGGCGGUGGCGGUGGCAAAGAGGAAGGUAGGAGUAGAGGGAGGAGGAAGGAGAAGGUGGCCGUAGAGGAAGGAUUGGGUGUGGCGGAGACGAGGGAGGCGGCGUUGCAAGAGAGGGAAUCGUCGGCGAAGGAGGUGGAGAGGUUGAGGAAUAUUUUGAGGAGGCAGAGGAGGGAUUUGAGGGCCAAAAUGCUUGAGGUUUCGAGGGAGGAGGCCGAGCGGAAGAGGAUGCUUGACGAGCGUGCCAAUUACAGGCACAAGGAAGUGAUGUUGAAUGCUUAUGAGCAACAAUGUGACGAAGCAGCAAAAAUAUUUGCAGAGUAUCACAAACGUCUUCAUUACUAUGUCAAUCAAGCAAGGGAUGCCCAAAGGUUAAAUGUUGACUCUUCAGAUGAAGUAUUUAACAGCUUUAGUGCAAACAGUGAGAAGGAAGCUGUUUAUUCAACUGUUAGGGGCAGUAAAUCGGCAGAUGACAUGAUUCUUAUUGAAACCAAUCGGGAAAGAAGCAUUCGAAAGGCGUGUGAAUCUCUUGCAGCUCACAUGAUUGAAAAAAUACGCAAUUCUUUUCCUGCUUAUGAAGGGAGUGGUAUCCAUUUGAAUCCUCAAUUGGAAGCAGCCAAGCUAGGCUUCGAUUUUGAUGGUGAAAUACCUGAUGAGGUUAGAACUGUUAUUGCAAGUUGCUUGAAGAGUCCUCCUCAGUUGCUUCAGGCAAUCACUGCAUACACUUUACGGCUUAAAACUCUGAUUUCUAGAGAAAUUGAGAAAAUUGAUGUUAGAGCUGAUGCAGAAACCUUAAGGUACAAGUAUGAGAACAAUACAGUUAUGGAUGUGUCUUCUCCUGAUGUGAACUCAGCAUUACACUAUCAGCUGUAUGGUAAUGGAAAGAUCGGAGGAGAUAUACCUUCUAGAGGAACUCAAAAUCAACUUCUUGAAAGACAGAAAGCUCAUGUUCAACAAUUUUUGGCUACUGAAGAUGCACUGAAUAAAGCUGCUGAAGCAAGUGACUUAAUUCAAAAACUUGUAAAACGUCUGCAUGGAAGUAGUGAUGUGGUUUCUUCACAUUCACUUGGUGUUGGAGGUGCCACACAGAAUAUGAGCAGUCUUAGGCAAUUCGAGUUUGAAGUUUGGGCAAAGGAACGAGAAGCUGCUGGGUUGAGGGCGAGCUUGAAUACACUAAUGGCUGAAGUACAGCGCUUGAAUACAUUAUGUGCGGAGAGGAAAGAAGCUGAAGAUUCUUUGAAAAAGAAAUGGAAGAAGAUUGAAGAGUUUGAUGCUCGUAGAUCCGAACUUGAAACCAUAUAUACUGCUCUUCUGAAGGCUAACAUGGAUGCUGCCACAUUCUGGAGUCAGCAGCCAUUAGCUGCAAGGGAGUAUGCAUCAGGCACUAUAAUUCCAGCAUGCUCAGUCAUUGUGGACAUUUCAAAUAGUGCAAAAGAUCUUAUCGAUAAAGAAGUUUCUGCUUUCUAUCGAAGUCCAGAUAAUAGUCUCUACAUGCUUCCAUCAACCCCACAGGCACUCUUGGAAUCCAUGGGUGCUAAUGGAUCCACUGGACCUGAAGCAGUUGCUGCUGCAGAAAAGAAUGCUGCUAUAUUGACUGCAAAAGCUGGUGCUAGGGAUCUAUCUGCAAUUCCAUCGAUAUGCCGGGUUUCUGCUGCACUUCAAUAUCCUGCUGGCUUGGAGGGCUCAGAUGCUAGUUUAGCAUCAGUAUUGGAGUCCCUUGAAUUCUGUUUGAAACUCCGCGGUUCCGAGGCUAGUGUGCUGGAGGACUUGGCAAAGGCAAUAAAUUUGGUUCAUAUACGUCAAGAACUUGUUGAAAGUGGUCAUGCUUUGCUGAACCAUUCUUAUCGUGCUCAACAAGAAUAUGAAAGGACAACAAGUUACUGUUUGAACUUGGCUGCUGAACAAGAAAAAUCUGUCAUGGAGAAAUGGUUGCCUGAGCUUAAGACGGCAGUUUUAAAUGCUCAAAAGUCCUUUGAAGAUUGUAAAUACGUCAGGGGGUUGCUUGAUGAGUGGUGGGAGCAGCCAGCAUCAACUGUUGUUGACUGGGUUACAGUUGAUGGCCAAAAUGUUGCUGCUUGGCAUAAUCAUGUGAAGCAGCAGCUUCUUGCGUUCUAUGAUAAGGAGCUCCUGUGAAUGAAAUACUUUAGGAUGCAAUGUUGCAAGACACUACUCGAUAUUAUCUCUCUUUGUGCCUAUAAUUUUUUCCCACUUUCACGUCAACAUGUGAACUGCGGCCCUGGAAGCAUGGUGCUGCGCUGGGCACACUUAGUGGAUGCACGUGGAAGCAUCUGUUUCCGAACAUCUUUCCUGGUGUGGUUUGUUUUGGGGUGAGAUGGCAGUUGGGGCUUUUGUAUUCAUUUGUAGUUUGACGCACAGCUAGAUCUAUCUUUAAUCGUUUCUCGCAUUAAACUUUGUACAGGAUGAUUCUUCCUCCUCGGGAAGAUGUUUUGUAUCAUUAGGCUAUUCGUACUUCUUGGGUUUUGGGUGGAUUAUUCUCCCUGUUUGGGGCUGUACAUGUAUGCUUCUUACAUUUACUCAUUUCUGGACCAGAGUUCAAUCCAAGAUUUGUCGUCUCCUUUCUGACU